GGUACGGCGGUUAUCGCUGCAAACGUCUUCCUGAAACAACCAAUCAGGAGUCGGUGACGUCAGAAGCGACAUGGCGAGCUAUCAGUACGGGCAGGGAUACCCUGGGUCAGCAGGACAAUCCGCAGGAGCACCCCAGGGAGGUUAUUAUUCUGGACAACAGUAUGGGGGAGGGGGCCAUCCUGGUUAUGGUGCCCAAGCACCUGGUGGACCUUAUGCAGCUCCAUCACCAGGGGGGUCAUAUGGACAACCUACCCAGGGGGGUGCUGCACCAGGUGGUCCUUAUGCUGCUCCAUCACCAGGGGGGUCAUAUGGACAACCUACCCAGGGGGGUGCUGCACCAGGAGUUCCUGGAGGAUCCUAUGGUGGGCAGGCACCUGGAGGACCUUAUGGGAUGCCGGGAUCCAGCCCUUAUGGUGGCCAUCAACCUGGGCAUUAUGGGCAAGGACCUUCCUCCGGUAACAUUCCUCCAGGUGUUGACCCAGAGGCAUACACUUGGUUCCAGACAGUUGAUGCAGAUCGCAGUGGCAACAUCACCUUUAAGGAGCUGAAACAAGCCCUGGUGAACACCAAUUGGUCAGCAUUUAAUGAUGAGACCUGCGUCAUGAUGAUAAAUAUGUUCGAUAAGACUGGAACUGGUAGGAUGGAUGUGUUUGGUUUUUCCGCGUUGUGGAGAUUCAUUCAGCAAUGGAAGUCAAUGUUUCAGCAGUAUGACCGAGACCAAUCGGGCUCCAUCAACCACAACGAACUUUAUCAAGCUCUUUCGCAGAUGGGGUAUAACCUCAGCCCUCAGUUUGUUCAGAUGCUGAUGUCCCGAUAUGCACAGAGAUCUGCCAACCCAACCCUACAACUUGACCGCUUCAUACAGGUCUGCAUCCAACUGCAGAGCAUGACCGAGGCCUUCAGAGAGAAGGAUACCAGUAGGUCAGGCACCGCGAGGCUCAGCUAUGAAGACUUCCUCACUAUGACUACAACACGGCUUAUUUAAUGUCUGCUGCCAACACCCCAUUAAUGGCACCACAAUGCCCUUGGCAUUCUCUACCUAGGAUUUCUUUCCCUGUUAUAAAUGUAACAAACUGCUCAUCAGGGCUGUAAUGCUCUGUGAUGUUUAAACCCAAAUGCACAGCUUGUACGUUUUUUCAGGUACUUUUUAUUAUGCUAUGCCGACUGAUUUCCUCUGGGCUUCUUCCAGUAACAAUGUACUUUGUUCACUGAGGCUAUAGAGCAAUGAAAAUGUCAGUCCGAAGCAGCUAUUAUUUUGUAAAUUGACUGUAAAAUAGCAGUUCAAAUGCUGUUCACAUUUUGCCCACUAGGGGGGAGUAACACUCCAGGACUACAGAUUAGCUCUGCACAAAAAACACUUUAUAGAAAAGUGCUCACUUGCUAAAUAAACUGUUAUAGUUUUUGUACAACUUGGCCAAAUGUAAAACGUAAUGUGCCAAAUACUGUUAAGUCGUACAUACAGCAUAUAGUCAAUGUUAGAUCAGAUGUACUUAGGGGGAAAAACUAUUUUGUUUUUUUUAAUGAGUCACAUUUUGAUUUCUGUUAAUACCAUGUAACUUACCACUUGUGAUGAAUUUAACUUCUAAUUGAAAUGUGUCGAUAAGCUUUGUACUGAUUUUUUUAAUGGUUUAUACUUCCAUUUGGUUACAAAGAUGUGUCAUUCCUUGCACCAUGAACUACUUUUUUUUUUUUUUUUUUUUAAUCGAAAAUUCUGGUACAGUCUAUUUCCAUUACAAAUCUCAAUAUAUUUGCUUCCUUUAGUCACCCAUCCAUUGAAUCUCAAGAAGCCAGACUUGUAUGUGUA